AUGACCACCGGCGAUUUCCCCCUCCUCGACGCGCCACCUCCACACCCUCAAACGCGCCACUCAGAUGCCACCUCCGUCACAACAACCGGCGAUUACUACUACUCCGAUCACGACAAAUCCGCCGCCACACCCUCCUCAAAACGCAACCACCAAAACAACUACUAUAACAACAAUAAGAGAUCGAAAUCAAACAGCAACACAGAGUUAGAAUCCAGUGAUUACCGUGAUUACAGGAAGGAUAGAGAGGAAUGGAGCGAUACGGCGAUAUCGUGUUUGCUAGAGGCGUAUACGGACAAAUAUAAUCAGUUGAAUAGAGGGAAUUUGAGAGGGAGAGAUUGGGAGGAAGUAGCGGAAGCGGUGAGUGAGAGAGGAGGGAGUAACAAUAAGAAGAGUGUGGAGCAGUGUAAGAAUAAGAUUGAUAAUUUGAAGAAGAGGUAUAAAGUGGAGUUACAGAGGAUUAGUGGGAGUGGAGGGAGUGGGAGUAGUUGGCAUUGGUUUAAGCAUAUCGAGGCGAUUAUGGGGAAUGCUUGUAAUGGGAAGAGUAGUAGUGGUGGUGCUGGCGGAGAUAGUGAGAGUGGUGGUGGUGGAGGGAGUGGUGGAAAUGUUAAUGUGGUGGUUAAGCAAGUUAAAAGGUAUACAUCUGGCAGUGCUGCCUUUGCUAAUACUCUCAAAACUAAACCGGUGUCGAAUUUAAAAUGGCGGAGAGUAGUGUUUAAAAUCAGCGGUUCUGCAUUGGCUGGUAAUUGCCAGAAUAUUGACCCCAAGGUGGCUAUGCAGAUUGCUCGGGAAGUUGCAACAGCUAGCCGUGUUGGACUGGAGAUAGCAAUUGUUCUUGGAGGUCGGAAUUUCUUUUGUGGAGACUCAUGGAUAUCUGCUACUGGCUUAGAGAGGCCUACUGCUUAUCAGAUUGGCAUGAUGGCAACAGUUAUGAAUUCAAUAUUGCUUCAAUCAGCUUUGGAGAAGCAUGGUGUUCAGGCUCGUGUGCAAAGUGCAUUUGCAAUGCCGGAGUUAGCUGAACCUUAUAGCAGGCAACGGGCAAUCCGACAUCUUGAGAAAGGAAGAGUUGUCAUAUUUGGUGGUAUUGGUGCUGGUGCUGGAAAUCCACUUUUUACUACUGACACAGCAGCAGCUCUGAGAGCUUCUGAGAUUAAUGCAGAUGCACUUCUCAAAGGUGCUAAUGUUAACGGUGUCUAUGAUCGUCAUGCUGGUAACAGCAAUAUUAUACUGGAUCACAUAUCGUUCAGAGAUGUGGUUUCCAGGGGUGUUACUUCAAUGGACAUGAUGGCAAUUACAUACUGUGAAGAGAAUGGGAUUCCUGUGGUGGUCUUUAAUUUGCUCGAGCCCGGGAAUAUCUCAAGAGCAUUAUGUGGAGACCAAGUUGGCACUUUGAUCGAUCAAGCAGGAAGGAUUGGUUAA